UCACUGGCUGAUUAUCUCCUCCUCCCGGCUCUCUCAUUGGCCGGUGAACUGUUAACCUGGGGCUGCUUUAUGAUGAGCCGCAGGGUCGACUGCACUUCAUGGACUGAAAACUCCAGAACAGGCACUGGGAUCCUGAAGGAGGCUGCAUUUCAUCGCUGCUCUGCUGAGCUGCCGAGCAACGUUACUACACUCACCCAGCAGAGUGGUGAAGGACUGAUUCAGCAUACUGAGUGAUACAGAGACAAACUGCUGACGUGAUGUCGAUCCCAGAUCUGAUCAGGAAGAAGAGAGAUGGAGGAGCGCUGAGUGACGAAGAAAUCCAAACUUUCAUCCAGGCUGUCACAAACAAAACCGUCCAGGAAAGCCAGAUAGGGGCCAUGCUGAUGGCUAUCUGGCAGAGGGGAAUGAUCGACACGGAGAUAAAGACGCUGACCAGGGAGAUGAUGUCAUCGGGGGAAAUUAUGUCAUGGCCAGAGGAGUGGGCGGGGCUGGUGGUUGACAAACACUCAACAGGAGGGGUGGGAGAUAAAGUCAGCCUUGUGUUAGCGCCCGCGCUAGCUGCCUGUGGCUGCAAGGUGCCUAUGAUCAGUGGGCGGGGCUUGGCUCAUACGGGAGGAACUCUGGAUAAACUGGAAUCGAUUCCAGGAUUCAACAUCCACCAAUCAGCAGCACAGAUUCUGGAGAUCCUGGGCUCAGUGGGCUGUUGCAUUGUGGGUCAGACGGAGAUGCUGGUUCCUGCAGAUCGAGUCCUGUACGCUCUGCGGGACGCCACCAGCACCGUGAACAGCUUACCACUGAUUACCGGUUCAAUUAUCUCAAAGAAAGGAGCCGAGUCUCUGUCCGCUCUGGUGCUGGAUGUAAAGUUUGGACGAGCUGCUCUGUAUAAAGACCUGGAGAGUGCUAAACAGCUAGCACACUUAUUAGUGAAUGUAGGAAACGGCGUGGGCAUGCGUACGGCAGCGGUGCUCAGCUGUAUGGACGGUACGAUUGGUCGAUGUGUGGGCAACAGUCUGGAGGUGAUUGAGUCUCUGGAGACGCUGAAGGGGAAGGGACCCGCCGACCUGAUGGAGCUGGUCACAACUCUGGGCGGUGUGUUGCUGAUGAUGACCGGCUUGGUGUCCAACCUAUCAGAAGGCAGGAGGCAGAUUUCCGAUGCUGUGAUUGGUGGAGCUGCUCUAUCCAAGUUCCAGAACAUGAUGGAGGCUCAGGGCGUGGCCAAUGAGAAGGCUCGGUCGCUGUGCUCCGCCCACACAGAUUACUACACGGUCCUGAGAAAAUCUGAGCGUCAGAUGGAACUGAAGACCCCUGCAGAUGGUGUAGUUGUGGACGUGGAUGGUUUGGUUUUAGCCGAAAUUCUUCAUAAGUUGGGGGCGGGACGAACGAAGUCAGGAGAGCCUGUCAAUCACAGCGUAGGGGCGGAGCUACUGGUGUCGCUAGGUCAGAGGGUCACGGAAGGCGACGCCUGGCUGCGGCUCCAUUACGAGAAUCCCGCUCCGACUCCAGACCAGAUCAAUCGAUUACAGAACGCUCUGACUCUGAGAUCACAUGACGACGCACAAACGCAACAAACACGGACUUUAGUGAAAGAACUGAUGCUACCUAAUUAAUGCAUGUUUUUGUUUCACUGUUAUUUAUUAACACAUGAACACAAACAAUAACAAACCCCCUGCAGAACAAUCAAUGCUUCGCUAAGCCCCGCCCCCCUCAGUUACUGUUGCUAAACUAUGUAGUUUACAUUAAUAAAGGGGUGCUUGAUUUAAAACAGAGUCAACAUGGACGCUGCUACACAGAUGUGUUGGAUUAUCAUUAUCAGAGCAAUUUAAUUUCUAAAUCCAACAACAAAAAACCUGAAAU